AUUCAUUUAGCCAGUAGAACAAAAUGAUCCGUGGGGGAAAAGUUGCCAAGAGAAAGUCUACUACUGUGCUUCAGGAGGGAACGAAGAAGAAGUGUGUAGCUGGGGCUGCAUCGUCACGCCAAACAUCUCUACAGUCACACUUCAAACCCCUCCAACCCAAACAAGCCCCCACAACCAGUGCUAGUUCCAAAAGAAGGUAUGUUGAUAACAACGCUACAACCCCUUGGGAGGAAACUAACAAGAUCCGACCUGAGCUUCCAACACCGCCUUUCGGAGAGGAUUCACCGGCCUAUAGUAGUAGUCAGAUACCCUCCACUGUCGUUAUACCUCUUCCACCACUCAAUUUCGCGGCAAAUGACAAGAUCUGGGCUGGGUUAAAACACCAGGAGGAAAAGAGGCAAGCGUCUAAGUUAGGGAUACUCCAACAUCCCCACAUUAAACAAGGAGCUCGAGCUAUCCUACUAGAUUGGUUAAUUGAGGUAUCACAGUUAUAUUGCUUGAAGCGGGAAACGUUCUACCUAUCCAUGGACUACAUUGACAGGUUUAUAUCAAAAAGGCCUGACAUUAAAAAAGAUCAGCUCCAGUUAGUCGGCAUAACAGCGUUACACAUGGCUGCUAAGUUAGAGGAGAUCUACCCACCAGGCCUGGAAAAGUUGUCCUACAUCACUGACAACUCCUGUUCUAAAGAUGCGAUGUGGAAAAUGGAACUUGAAAUGAUGAAAGCACUGGACUGGAAACUUGCAGCGCUCACCGUUAACACGUGGUUAAACCUCUACUUACAAAUAGAAUACUACAGAGGUAUCAGUUGCACUACGUUCCAGUUUCUGAGAGCAGAAUACUCACAGUCCGACUUUGUGAAGAUAAUCCAACUCAUUGACCUGUGUUCCCUUGAUGUUAAGAGCGUCGAGUAUAGGCCGAGUAUGAUCGCGGCUAGUGCACUAUGGUUAGUGGUCCCCAGCAAACUGAAGGAGGUUACUGGUUACAGUUGGGAUGAUCUCAUAUCUUGUCGUCACUGGAUGCAGCCUUAUGCGCAGGUACUAAAGGACCAGCCAGCUCAGCAGUUGAAAGAUUUCGAAGAUGUUGACAAAAAGGAUCGACAUCACAUUCAGACCCAUUUUAACGCAAUACCCCUCUUACAUGAUGUGUACGAACUUCAGGAGUCGCAGCCCCUCACGCCGGAAUCAGACUCAGAUAACGAGAACGCGGAAGUGGCUCACUAUCUAACUCCAAACUCCUCCGAACACAACUCCCCCUCCUCAUCAAAACACAGGUGAUACAGAACCAUGUGUCGACCAAAUGACGUCAUCACCCAAAACGUGACGUCAUCUAAAUCCAACUUGUAAACUAGCUAAGACACGCAGAAAAUGAAGAAACAGCGUACAGCAAUGUUAGGAAACGUACUAAUUACAGCAACUAGUCGAGAAUAGCUAAUUAGCUAAUCAGCUAAUGGGACAACAGAAUUUCAAAUGUUUAGUAUCUUACAAUAUUAAGUGUUGUUUUUUUCUGGUAUUUGAUAUGACAUUUGAUGAAGUUUUUGGUCAACUAUUUGCUAACAUUUUAAGACAAGCCUUAUGUACCAUGGUUGUUAUAUAAGGUUAUUUAAUACGCUUUUAUAUGGUCUCAUCUAGGUGAAUUCUAAUAACCCGUCAGUAGUCACCAGUUUUGUAGUCCUAGUUUCUGAUCCCAUCACCAAUGUUCUAGCCCUAGUUUCUGAUCUUAUAACCAAUGUUCUAGCCCUAGUUUCUGAUCCCAUCACCAAUGUUCUAGCCCUAGUUUCUGAUCUUAUCACCAAUGUUCUAGCCCUAGUUUCUGAUCCCAUCACCAGUUUCAAGUCCUAGUUUCUGACCUUAUCCCCAAUAUUCUAGCCAUGGAGUUUAUGUUACCCUCCUUAACUUGCCAACUCCACUGAGCGUAACGUGCCCAUCUCCAAUACCCGCCUCUGAUUGGCUGGUUUGUGUAACGUGACUGAACAUAACGUGCCCAUCUCCCGUAAGCUCCAGUUUCACCCUUGUUUCACCACUCCCGCAUUCCUCUUCUCUCCCCAAUAUUACAGCAAUAUACUCUCCCUUUCUGUCUCGCUGGAUAUAGUGCGAAGACCGAACACGUGAUGCCCAUAUAAGGAGAUGUAGAUGGAUAGUGCCAAGAUUCCCCGGAAUUACCCUCUAGUUGCCGGUCACGUGGGCACUCCAGCUGCUGCAUUAUUGGUGGAAAUGUAUCACGUGACUGAGGAUGCUGGCUUCUGAUUGGCUGGUUUUUGUCACGUGAUAAUGUCAAUAUUGGCCGGUAUUUAAGGUGUGUUUUACCUAUAAUAAUAAGUGCUCGCUGGCAUUUACUUAUUUAAUUUCUUGCGACCAUCGUUUUUGUUACGAACUUUCGGCUGGACAUAUUCGUAAAAUAAGUCUUUGCCAUUUAAUCCCAACAUGUCAGACUGAAUAUUUUACCGUAAGAUUAAAUUCUUCAUUAUUUCCUGUCUGUCCUCCUGGUUCUUCCGACUUGCCGAAGAUUUCUCCCUCACUGUCUGCACUUCAUCUUUUUUCAUUAGAAUUUGACCGUAUCUAUACAAGCAACUAUUAAAAUUUGAAGACGGAAAUAUCAAUGACACGUUUACAACAUUAACGUCGAUAUUUAAGAUCACAAUUCGUUACCCGAUAUUUGCCCCUUUCAUAUCUUAGAUUCACGUGGGCUACAUGAUCACGUGUGCUUAAUAAUCACGUGGGCUACAUAAUCACGUGGGCCAAAUAAUCACGUGGGCUACAUAAUGAUAUUUUUAAUACUUUGUGUCAGAUUCAGAAUAUUCGUAAGAUCAAUGUUUGUUGUCUGGGUUAUCAGUUACUGUUUAUUAAUCAUAAUUGUGAUCAUAAUAAUGGUGUUCAUAAUGACCUCAUCAUUAUGAUUAGUUAUGAGUGAUGUUGAUUUUUAGAUAAUAUCUUUUUGUAGUGACAUUUUUAGGGUGAUUUUCCUAAGAUCUGUCUUGAUCACGCUCAUCCAUGACACUUAAUGAUAUGAAUUUGUAAAGCCGGAUUUUUAUUAAGAUUGUAUUUCUGAGAACGCCUAGAGGGUUGAAUCUUGUAAACCACGUGAUGCCCAUAUAAGGUUAAGUCAAAAUACCACGUGUGGCAUUGUUAAGACGGGAUAAGUUUUAACCACCUCUGAGGACUGUACGCUAUGUUUAGGACGUUAGGGCUACCUUUAGAUAGUCACGUCUUUAUUGCCUGCUGCCAAUUAGAUCGGUUUGUAAUAACAUACUUUAAAUAUUAUACCACGUGAUGCCCAUAUAAGGUAAUGUCACAGUUACUCCGAUAUACAAUUCGGGAAAUAGAAAUUGGGAGUUUUUAUGUCCAGAGUUUAUUGUGAUUUUUUUUCGGAAUUCUGAUGUUCGAUAUAAUAUUGAAAAUGUAUUCUAAAUUACGAAAUUUAGUACCCACUAUAUGAGAAACGUUUAUAAUGCUGCUUGGGAAAUUUUUCGCAUAGUUUAACUAAGAGAGUGUCGCAUUAUUAAUAUUAUUAAUGUAUAGCAAGGUGGGGAUUAAGUUAUUUACAGAUUCAUCUAAUAUCCCUAGUAUUUCCCCGGAUUCUACCAUAGGGUUCCAGCAUCUGUCACGUGCAGUUAGUCACGUGUGUUACUGAUCUGAAAACACAAAGGUGCGAUGUGUAAAAUGUAGCCUUAAAACCCGUGUUACGUCCUCCUUGAAAUUAUACAGAAACUUUGAUAUAUUAUUGUGUUACCCUUGUAGCUAUUCUGAUGUUUAGAGAGUUACAGGUAUUUGAAUUGUACGUAGUUACCAUGGUUACUGGUGUUGUUCUACUUUUUUGACGUUUAACUAAAUAAAGUUUACACACAUUA